AAUCUUCAAGAGCAUCAAAGAACCCACACAAGGGAGAAACCUUUCAAAUGCUCAGAGUGUGGGAAGAGAUUCAGUUGGAGUGGUGGUCUCCAACUGCAUCAAGUAACCCAUACGGGAGAGAAACCUUUUGAAUGCAAAGAGUGUGGAAAGAGAUUCAGUCGGAGUAGUCAUAUUCAAGAGCAUCAAAGAACUCACACAGGGGAGAAACCAUUUGAAUGCUCAGAGUGUGGAAAGAGAUUCAGUCGGAGUGACACUCUCCAACGGCAUCAAGUAACCCACACAGGGGAGAAACCUUUUGAAUGCACAGAGUGUGGAAAGAGAUUCAGUCGGAGUAGUCAUCUUCAACAGCAUCAAGUAACCCACACGGGAGAGAAACCUUUUGAAUGCACAGAGUGUGGAAAGAGAUUCAGUCAGAGUAGCAAUCUUCAAGAGCAUCAAAGAACCCACACAGGGGAGAAACCUUUUGAAUGCUCAGAGUGUGGGAAGAGAUUCAGUUGGAGUGGUGGUCUCCAGCUGCAUCAAGUAACCCACACGGGAGAGAAACCUUUUGAAUGCACAGAGUGUGGAAAGAGAUUCAGUCGGAGUAGUCAUCUUCAAGAGCAUCAAAGAACCCAUACAGGGGAGAAACCAUUUGAAUGCACAGAAUGUGGAAAGAGAUUCAGUACGAGUGGGUAUCUUCAACAGCACCAAAGAACCCACACAGGGGAGAAACCUUUUGAAUGCUCAGAGUGUGGGAAGAGAUUCAGUUGGAGUGGUGGUCUCCAACGGCAUCAAGUAACCCACACGGGAGAGAAACCUUUUGAAUGCACAGUGUGUGGAAAGAGAUUCAGUCGGAGUGGCACUCUGCAACGGCAUCAAGUAACCCACACAGCGGAGAAACCUUUUGAAUGCACAGAGUGUGGAAAGAGAUUCAGUCAGAGUAGCAGUCUUGAAUUCCAUCAAAGAACCCACACAGGGGAGAAGCCUUUUGAAUGCUCUGAGUGUGGGAAGAGAUUCAGUACGAGUGGGUAUCUUCAACGACACCAAAACAUCCACACAGGGGAGAAACCUUUUGAAUGCACAGAUUGUGGAAAGAGAUUCAGUCAGAGUGGCACUCUCCAACGGCAUCAAGUAACCCACAUGGGAGAGAAACCUUUUGAAUGCACAGAGUGUGGAAAGAGAUUCAGUCGGAGUAGUCGUCUUCAAGAGCAUCAAAGAACCCACACAGGAGAGAAACCUUUUGAAUGCACAGAGUGUGGAAAGAGAUUCAGUCAGAGUAGUCAUCUUCAAGAGCAUCAAAGAACCCACACAGGGGAGAAACCUUUUGAAUGCUCAGAGUGUGGGAAAAGAUUUAGUACGAGUGGGUAUCUUCAACAGCACCAAGCAGUCCACACAGAGGAGAAACCUUUUGAAUGCCCAGAGUGUGGGAAGACAUUCAGUUGGAGUGGCAAUCUCCAACGGCAUCAAGUAACCCACACGGGAGAGAAACCUUUUGAAUGCACUGAGUGUGGAAAGAGAUUCAGUCAGAGGCUCAGUCUUCAACGGCAUCAAACAAUCCACACG